GCAGCUAAGCUAACGCUAGCCGGAGCUAGCAAUUCUGCAAGUCAUGCUGGGCCAUCCAAAGAGGGAAGGCUGGGUGGGAUGCGCUUAAUGGGACGAGGACAACACGAUCAGGCUGGAUUGUAAUUGCGGCGUUUCGUGGACUUUGUGGCAUGGAGACUUAAGACAAAAAAGAACGCUUCUUGACGAUGAUGAAAAUCAUAUGAAGAAGGAGCGUGGACUCUCACAAACGUUUGUGCACCCCCCCUACCCCCCAGAGAUGAAAACGUUUCCCUCUGGACUCUCCCUAGCUCAUUUUUAAGAUCCAAAGUUCUCCUGUACUUCUUAGUUCAAGGCCCAAAUUUCGUUUUUAUUUUUACUUUCACCUUUUUGUUCCUUUUGCAAAGAAAUGCUUUACCUGAAAAAGUACUUCACAGAGGGCCUGAUUCAGUUCACCAUCCUUCUGAGUCUGAUCGGGGUGCGGGUGGACGUGGACACCUAUCUGAGUAGCCAGCUGCCACCCCUGAGGGAGAUAAUCCUGGGCCCGAGCUCAGCCUACACGCCCACUCAGUUCCACAACCUGCACAACACGCUGGACGGCUAUGGCAUUCACCCCAAGAGCGUGGACCUAGACCAGUUUUUCGCCACCCGCCGCUUACUGAAUCGGGUGCGCCAGCUGGAUCGCUUCUCCGUGCCCAGCCCCGAGCUCGAUACCUGGCUGGUGCACCGCGACGCAGAGAGCGAACAGACGGGCGGUGCCAGCAUAGCCCUGGACAAUGGGGGCGGCCUCGAGGACGUGAACGACCUCGACGCUGCCCCGGCCAUGAGGGGGACUGGAGAAGGCGAAGGGGGGCCACCCGAGACCACCUAUAACCUCAACGUAGCCGACGGCAGCCUCGGGGCAGUGGCGUCCGAUGGUGACCAGGGGCAGGACAACAAUGACGACCUCAGCAAAGAGGACAUCGACCUGAUUGACAUCCUGUGGCGACAGGACAUCGACCUGGGCGCGGGCAGGGAGGUGUUUAACUACAGCAGACGGGAGAAGGACAACGAGGAGGUCAAGCCUCGCCCGGCCCAAGAGAGCAAGGACAAUGAGGAGCUGCAGCGAGAAAGCUGGAGGAACGACGUUAACCUCCAGACGCUUCGCUCUGUGGACAUUGAGACGGGAGAGAGCAUCCCGCAGCAGCUGCCUGCCGCCGGCUCACAGACAUCCCUGUCUCUGCAGGAGUGUUUGAGGCUGCUGGAGGCCACCUUCCCCUUCGGAGAAGAUCCCGAGUUCCCCACCCCUGCAGCACCACCUGAAGUGGCGACCCCCGGUACAGAAGCACCGUCCACGUCACAGGGCCUGGCGCCUCAGCUGGACUUGGAGCAGCAGUGGCAGGAUAUCAUGGCUGUCAUGGAGCUGCAAGCCAUGGACGUGAACAACAGCAGCGCAGGAUGCAGCAUUGACAUCAGUAGGACAUUGGCGACCGACUUUGGGCUGGUCCCGCCCGUGGCACCCAUCCACCAAGACGUGAGCCUCCACCAAGCCUCGCUAGCCAGCUGCAGCCAGGAGUUUCCUACGGUUUUCCCACCUCAUCUGGAUUCGGCCGGCGGGAUGAGAGGAUCCUCCAGCAACUCCAGUCACAUCAAUGCCACUUUUGGGACAACCAACCUCACUGGACUCUUUUUGCCCCCCGUUCUCAAUGCCACUGGUGCCAACGUAACCUCCACGCCCAUCCCGCCGGACCCGUUUGGCGGGCUUUUGGAGGAAUCCAUGCUAGAUGAGAUCAGCCUCCUGGACCUGGCCAUGGAGGAGGGAUUCAGCCAAGCUCAGGCCUCGCAGCUGCGUGACGAGCUGGACUCGGAUUCAGGCCUGUCCCUGGACUCCAGCCGCAGUCCGGCGUCGCCCAGCAGCUCAGAAACAUCCUCCUCCUCAUCUUCAUCCACCUCAGCCACCUUCUCGGAGGAGGGCGCCGUGGGCUACAGCACUGCCGCGUCCGACUCGGAGGAAGGAGCUGUGGGCGGAUACCAGCCCGAAUACAGCAAGCUGUGCCGCAUGAGCUUCCAGGACAACUUCCACGGCCUCCCCCAGUUAGGAGGAAUCAACCACAACCAUACCUACAACCUACCACUUGGGAACCCUUUCACCGAACACCCAGAGCUCCCCAAGAAGCAGAACACCAAGAACUCCAAGCUUCCUCCUCCAACAUCUGAGCUAAUGGACAAGCACUCGAGCCGGGACGAGCGGCGAGCCCGCUCCAUGAAGAUCCCUUUCUCCAAUGAAAAAAUAGUCAACCUCCCUGUGGAGGAGUUCAACGAGCUUCUGGCCAAACACCAGCUGAGCGAAGCGCAGUUGGCUUUGGUUCGAGACAUCCGCAGGCGUGGUAAAAACAAAAUGGCCGCUCAGAAUUGUCGCAAACGCAAGCUGGACACCAUCAUCAACCUGGAGGACGGCGUACACCAGCUAAGGCGUGACAAAGCCCGGCUACUCAAGGAAAAGAUGGAGUUUCUACGUUGUAUCCGGCAAAUGAAGCAGAAAAUGCAGAGUCUGUGCCAGGAGGUUUUCGCUCAAGUCCGGGACGAGCAGGGCCGGCCCUACCCACCCAGUCGCUACUCUCUUCAGUACGCCGCAGACGGCAGCGUUCUGGUGGUACCGCGCAGCGAGCAAACCCGCUCCAGGUCGGACAAGAAGACAAAGGACAAGAAGAAGUGAGGCCAGCCAUCUUCUAGGGGACUUAAUGCACACGCGCCGGAGGCAAGGCCCGCCAACCUGCCCGCGCUUGACUUUCCGUGUUUGUUUGCCCCCCUUUUUUUUUUUCUUUUUCAUUCUGCUCCUCAGUAUUUUCCCUUGACUGCUCAUCUUUCCGGAUUUCCAAGGCGGGAAACUGGAUUGCAAGGACUUUUUUUUUUUUCAAGAGGUUGCUUUAUGAAGGCCGGUCUGAGGACAAAAAGUCAGCCAGGGAGGUUGUGAAGGUCUGGGAUUCACUUUCAUAAAGUACCCGGAACUCCUCAAGAACUUCAAACUGCCACCUCCACCAUCUGAGCUCAAGGGCAGAGUCCUGCAUGAGCCAGGAACAAAACCAAGCCAUGAACAUGAAGACUGCUAAUGACACGAUCAUCAAGAUCCGACAACGAGGUCAUGAGUAUCCACUAAGAUAGUUCAUCAAGCUUCUGGCCUAGAACUUGAGCUGCUGCUCUUCUUUGACCUAGCUCUUUGCUUGACCACUUAUUGUGGACUUUCAAGGCAGGAAAAAAGGAAUGCUUAGUGGAGGCCGAUCACAGGAUUAAAUCAGUCAGCGAGGAAGGUUCUGAAGAGCUGCGAUCCACUUUCACCAAGCAUCCGCAGCUCCCCCAAGAAGCAGAACGGAAAAAAACUGCCUCCACCAGAGCUUCUGGAUCCUCAUCACAAAAGAUCAUCAAUCUCCCAAUGAAGGAGUUUCAACAAGCUUCCGACCAAGAAGUCAAAAGCUUCUGCUCCUUAUUUCGCUCUCCUCGCUCGUCCGCUCAUCUUUCCGGACUUCUGAGAUGAAGGUGAUAAGGAAGACGGGGUUGCCUUGUCUUCUGUCUUUGGGUUAGGAGGUCUGCCAAGGGGUUGAAGAAGUAGUGCUGCCUUGCAAUGUGUAUCCACGUUAUUCUAGAUUUCCAUCCACAUGUACCGCCAUUUCCAAAAUGUUUGGCUUGAUGCUCUCUGCUGACAUUAACUCUACAUAGUAUGUAAUCCAGGGGUUUUCAAGCUUUUUGGGUUCAGGGAGACAUUUUUUUUUUCCUAGGAUCCCCCCCUCUCCAUAACUUUCCCACCAAUCAAAAAUACAGUAUCAUAAUAAACAUUUCAAUGUAGAUAUUUAGGACUGUUAAUACAAGGGUGUCAAACUCAAAUUCCAGAGGCCAUAUUUGGUCUACCAUGAUUUUUGGUGACCCACUAAAGCUGUUUAUCUGGUGCAAUAAGGACUAACAUAGCUAGCUAUGCUUAAAACUUUAAACAUGCGUCAUCUAAUAGUGGAACGUCAAAUCAAAAUUUAACAAAAAUGGCUUAUUGGAGUCUGCACCUCAAAUGAGUUUGAUAGAAAGAUUCAAUUAAAUGCAGUUAAGUUGGGUUACUGAUUGUCGCUAGCGGACAUGCAAUGCUAAUUUAAAACAUAGCUGCAAACAACAGUUUACAAAAAGCACAUGUUGCCACGGAUUGCUAAUUUGGGAACCCUCAAAUUACACCAUACCGGACCAUGGGUGGUCCGAGGAACACUAUUGUAGUCUACGCAAGUCAGCUUACAUGACUUUUUUUCCCCUCAGUUGUCAAAUAUCAGGACGAGGGGGAGUGCCAGGAGGUUUUUAAAAUAAACCUCUUGCAUCCCGUCUCAAAUCUUAGGGACUGUUCUUAGUUUGGGUGAGUGUGAACACUGUGCGCGUGUCGGCGAUGGAGGUUAAACUACUGUAGUUCGGAAUGUCGUGUUGUGACGGGGACGCUCGUUUGUCUGGUACGGAUGUUUGACUGAAAUGAAAUUGAAGCACGUAAGGGUGAAUGAAGAGUGGAGCCCCAAGACAUGAGAUGAAGUUAGGGUGGGUGUUUUUUUGGCCAUAGUAUAAUUUGGGCAUAAAAUAUUAAAUUGUGGCCACGGACAGGUUUAGUACCAUUACGAUGAAUAACUCUGGCUAUGAAAAUCGAGCGCAUAUUCAGUAAUUGCUUACCAAACUGUCAAACAGUUAUCGCUACUCUGUGACAAGGAAUUGAAUUUUUUGUGCAUGUUACACCUCACUAGUGGUUGUAGUAUUUCCUAGCCACUAAUAUGCAAAUUGUGCUCGUUAUUAUUCCUAAUUCGUGGCCACAAAUUAGCAUUUUGUGCGCAUGUUCUAUUUAAAUUGUGGCCAAUUUACAUUUGUUUGGGGCUCCGUAGAAGAUUAAUGGUUGCGAAAGAAUCUUCUCACUGUCGCCAACUCUUGCAUCCUGCUAAAACUUAAGCACUUUUUUUUGUCUGUCCUGUAAAUAUUUGUGUGUCAACCCCCCCCCCGUGCCACCUUUUAAUUUAGAAGUAGUUCCAUGUUUGCUGGCAAUCAAGAUUGUUUUUAUGGAUUCAUAAAGUGUUUUUAUUUCCA